GUACGUGUAUCAUGAGCUGUAGCUUCGAACCAGAAGGUCCUUCUGUGGGGCCUGCAGCAGGUAGCAGCAGAAUGAGGCGCGGGUGUUUCCCUUCCCAUAAUUCGCCAGCGCACCUGCUGUUCUCGCCUCUGCUCCUGCUCCUGCUGGCCGCCGCCUGCUCGGUGGUCACCGCAAGGGCGCCGUGCCUUGACUCUGAGGAGUUCUACUACCCUCACACAGGGGCGACGCGCCCCCCGUGGUGUGACUUCUUCAAUCCUCCACAGUUCGUGGAGCGUCCGCAAGACCAGCGGGUGAUGAACGACCGAGUGGCUUCGUUCACAUGCCGUGCGAUGGGUAAUCCAGAACCAAGGAUCCAGUGGCGCAAGAACGGAAGGCGAGUGAGCGGCAACACCAGAUAUAUCGUCCUCGACGUUCCAGGCGGGUCUAUCCUGAGGAUCGAGCCAGUCAAGUUUCAGAGAGACGAGGCGACUUACGAGUGCGUAGCUGAGAACCCAGCAGGAGACACCAUCAAAGCCGAAGCCAAGCUGGAGGUCAUUUCUGACGAUCCUAACUCGGAACCAUCCGGAUUUCCCUACUUCCGAACGGAGCCGAAAACGAAGGCCGUGGAGAUCGACCACACUGCCCUCCUUGUUUGCGACGCCAGGGGCAACCCGGACCCCGAGAUCACUUGGUAUAAAGACAACCGCCCCGUCGACCUCACUAAUCCAAGAUACUCGGUCCUCAGGUCUGGAAGUCUCCAGAUCAGCACUAGCACAGAAGAAGAUGGAGGAAAAUACGAGUGCGUCGCAAGGAACUCUGUCGGAACGGCCUUUAGCAACCUUGUCAGUCUCUACGUCAGGGUUCGGAGAGUGCCACCAAGAUUUAGCAAGGCCCCCGAAGCCGUCUAUGAGGUCAUGCCUGGCGAAUCCCUCAGCAUACCCUGCGUCGCAGUCGGGUCGCCCAUGCCUUACGUACAGUGGAAGAAGGGACCAGCGAUCGAUAUGACGGAGAACACAAUCACCAAGAACGUUCUUGUUCUAGAGAACAUCCAAGAGUCGGCCAACUACACCUGCCAAGCCCAGUCCACGCUGGGUUUGGUCACCAAGGAUGUUGCUGUGAAAGUCCAAGCCCUUCCUCGUCCGCCCAGUACUGUCCGGAUAAGCGACGUCACACCAACGUCCGUCCGGAUAACUUGGAGUUAUGAAGUGAAUCCGGGUGAGGUCUCCUAUUAUGUGAUACAGUACAAACCGCGUCAUGCUGAUAGGGACUACGCGGAAAUCUCGGGCCUUGUCACCAAGUUCUACACUGUCAUUGGUUUGACACCAUUCACCGAAUACGAAUUCCACGUUCUGGCCGUCAACAAGAUUGGGCGCGGAGCCCCAUCCGAACCUGUUCUAGUGACGACGGGAGAAACAGUCAACGGAGCUAACACAAAACCAGGCAGCGCCCCAAGAAAUGUUCAUGUGAGGCCAUUGUCUUCUUCUACAAUGGUUAUUCAGUGGGAUGAACCAGAGGUACCUAAUGGACAAAUUACAGGCUAUAAGUUGUACUACACCACCAACCCAUCAUUACCUAUACAGUCCUGGAAGAGUCAGCAUGUUCAGGACAAUAAAUUGACCACCAUCAGUGAUCUCACACCCCAUACAAUCUACACCAUCCGAGUUCAGGCCUACACAGGCAUAGGCCCUGGGCCACUUUCUGAUCCUGUAAAAGUAAAGACUCAACAGGGAGUGCCAAGCCAACCUACCAACUUACAUCCCUCACGUGUGACUGCAACAUCCAUAGAACUUAGCUGGACUCGGCCAUCGCAUCAAGGAGAAAAUAUUAUAUCUUAUGAACUCUACUGGAAUGAUACUAAAACACAGGAAAAACAGCAGCGCAAUAUACCUGAGGGGGAGAGCUACGUUAUAGAAAACCUGCACCCAAACACUAUUUACCACUUCUGGUUAGCAGCUAGAUCACAGCGAGGGGAAGGUGCUGAGACAGCACCAAUGUCUGUUCGCACCGAACAGUACACCCCAGGUGCUCCCCCUAGUAACAUUCAUGCUGUCACGGAAGACUCAGAGAGCAUCAGAGUGGAUUGGGAACCUCCCCCUGAAGAUAAGCAACACGGAGAGAUUACCUACUACAAGCUUUUUUAUGUGAACAACUCAAGACCAGAUUCUGACGCAUCAGUUGAAACCAUUUCUGACCCCAUCAAGCGUGAAUAUCUCAUAACAAAUCUGCAAAAAUGGACAGAAUAUCGUGUGUGGAUGUUGGCUGGAACCGUUGUAGGGGAUGGUGUUAAAUCUGAUCCAUUGCUAGUACGCACAGAUGAAGAUGUUCCUGGUGAACCUCGGGAUGUCAAAGUGGAUGUAAUCAAUAGUACUAGCAUUGACGUUUCAUGGACACCACCUAUUGAGAGAGAGAGGCAUGGGAUCAUCAGGGGAUACCAGAUUCAUGUUCAAGAAACUGAGGGUGCUGCUGUGAUGCCCAGUGGAUUUAUGCCUUACACUGUUCAUAAUGGUGAUGCUACUAAGUAUACAGUUGUAGAUUUACGUCCAGAUACAGAGUAUCAGGUUCAGGUUUCCGCUAUUACUCGCAAAGGUGAUGGCGCCCGAUCUGCUGCAGAAACAGUCCGUAUGCCAGGAGGUGUUCCAAAUAAACCAGUACUUCUUGUUAAUGGCACAGUGGACAAGUUUUCUGGAAAGCUUACUGUUCAUGUAGAGUGGAUACCACCGACAGAAGCUUAUGGGGAACUCAUGGGAUAUCGGUUAGAAUAUGGUCCUAAAGGUGGGCAGCUGUCCACAAUCACCCUCGAAGGUCAGUCAAUGCUUCAGAAGACCCUGACUGAUUUACAAAGAGGAAUAGAAUAUGAGAUAAGAGUGUCAGCACGUAACCAUAUUAGCUACGGUCAGCAGGCUGUGAAGUAUUAUACUACACCAGAAGCUGUUCCAUCUGGUCCACCUGCAAACAUAACGUAUAGAUUCCAAACGCCAGGCACUAUAGUGUUUUCAUGGGACCCACCUACCCCAAAUGAUAGGAAUGGUGUUGUAAUUAACUAUGAUGUUGAAUUUAACAAGAAUGUUGUGCUCAAUACUGACUUCAAACAUGUAAAGAAUACUACUGAGGGCAGGAUUGUGUUUGAUGGACUUGAGGAGAAUAUGGAUUAUACAUUUAAGGUAAGAGCAUGGACAACAAAGGGGCCUGGACCUUACAGUGAACUUCUGCACCUCCACACUGAACCAGAUCUUGUUCGUGCCCCCAUGAAUCUUCAAGGCCUGGCAACUUCAGAAUCAUCAAUUGAGAUUUGGUGGGAACCUGUGCCAUCCAGAGGAAAAGUAGUUGGUUAUAAGGUCUUUUACACAAUGGCUCCAACACCUGACUUGGACCUCUGGAAUCAGAUUAGUGUUCCUGUAACUCAUUCUGCUGAAUUACAAAAUUUAGAACGCCAUGCUGAGUAUGCUAUUGCUGUGGCUGCAAGGACUGCUACGGGUUUGGGACGUUUAUCCACUAUGCUUCCUGUACGAGUGAAGCCUGUUGACGUGCCAAUGUACUUGCGUGCACACCAUGUCACAACACAUUCGGCUAACCUGACUUGGGGACCACCAAUCCAGCUCAAUCCAAAGCACUUUAAGGUCACGUACAGUGCUAUCAAGGAAUUUGUUGAUGCUCAGGGGGUAACACAGGUUCAAAAAAUCCCGGUAACCACUCAUAUUGUUAAUUCUCGGAAGUACAGCUUUAUUAUUGAGGAUUUACGACCUUUUACUACAUAUACUGUGAAUGUUACUGCCGUACCUCAGACUCAGGAGUACCGUCCACCAGCAAAAAUUACAGUUACAACUCAGAUGGCAGCUCCCCAGCCAAUGGUAAAGCCAGAUUUUUAUGGUGUGAAAGGAGCGCAUGAAAUUGCUAUGAUACUACCACAGGCUUCAGAGGAAUAUGGACCAAUUGCAUUUUACUACCUCAUUGUUGUGCCAGAAGAUAAGGUGUUGAAGAAUCCAGAUCAGUACCUCACAGAUGAUCUGAUUGCAAACAAAGCUGGAAGCAAGGAAGCACUUGCUGAGGGUCCUUACAUUGCUGCCAAGUUUCUUCAUCGCAAUAUUCCAUAUUCUUAUUCACUUGGGGAUGGUCAGAUAUAUGAAGGAUUUAAAAACAGGCCUCUGCAGAAGAAAAAGAAGUACAAGAUAUUUGUUAGAGCAGUGGUGGACACUCCUGGUCAGCAUUUGUAUACAUCUUCCCCAUUUUCGGCCUUCAUUUCGCUUGACAUGAGACCAGCUCCUUCAGGGGAUUUACCCCAGCGACCAAACCCCCUGGAGCCAACUGAUGAAACAAAUACAAAUAUUACAGGGGAGCGUAGUGAGAGAGAAAUGCUCAUGAUUGUUGGGCCAGUGAUUGGUGCAGUCCUCUUGGUAGUGAUAUCACUAUUCCUCUUUCUCUUUGUUUGGAAGCGUCGCAGACAGCCCAAAUCACCAGAUCAAGCUCAAGUAACUAAGCCCUUGAUGGCAGACCUAGGAGCUGGUCAUGGAAGUGUUGGUGGAGGUGGUGGUGGGGGAGGAGUUGGAAUUAUACCUGCAGCUCCCUCUGACCCUGUGGAAAUGAGAAGGUUGAAUUUCCAGACUCCUGGAAUGAUAUCCCAUCCCCCUAUUCCAAUCUCGCAGCUUGGAGAUCACAUUGAAGUUCUGAAAACAAAUGAUAACCAGAAAUUCUCCCAGGAGUAUGAGUCUAUUGAACCAGGUCAGCAGUUUACGUGGGAUAAUAGUAAUCUGGAAAUCAACAAACCUAAAAAUCGUUAUGCUAAUGUAAUUGCUUAUGAUCACUCGAGAGUUGUAUUGCAAACACUGGAAGGAGUGCCAGGCAGUGAUUAUAUCAAUGCUAAUUUCUGUGAUGGGUACCGCAAACAAAAUGCUUAUAUUGCCACUCAGGGCCCACUUCCUGAAACUUUUGGGGAUUUCUGGCGCAUGUGCUGGGAGCAACGCUCAGCAACUCUUGUUAUGAUGACCAAAUUAGAAGAGCGUACUAGAAUCAAGUGUGACCAGUAUUGGCCAGGAAGAAUGUCGGGAACUGAAACCUAUGGUAUUAUGCACGUAACACUCACUGAUGUUCAAGAGUUAGCCACGUACACUGUUCGAACGUUUCAACUUCAACGGUCUGGCAGUUUGGAUCGUCGUGAAGUUCGACAGUUCCAGUUCACUGCUUGGCCAGACCAUGGUGUUCCAGACCAUCCUACUCCUUUCUUAAUGUUCCUCCGUCGUGUGCGACAUGUUAACCCACCAGAUGCAGGGCCAAUUAUUGUUCAUUGCAGUGCUGGUGUUGGCCGAACAGGAGCUUUCAUCGUUAUAGAUGCUAUGUUAGAAAGAAUCAAGCAUGAACGAACUGUGGACAUAUAUGGCCAUGUUACCUGCCUACGAGCUCAAAGAAACUAUAUGGUUCAAACUGAAGACCAGUAUAUAUUUAUUCAUGAUGCUUUGUUGGAAGCAGUAAUGGCAGGUGCUUCAGAAGUACCAGCUCGAAGUUUGCAUGGUCACAUUCAAAAGCUGUUGGCUAUCGAACCUGGAGAUAAUGUUACAGGAAUGGAAUUGGAGUUCAAGCGCCUGGCUAACAUCAAAGCUCAGCCUUCAAGAUUUGUCAGUGCCAACUUGCCAGUUAACAAGUUCAAAAAUCGCCUAGUAAAUAUCCUGCCAUUUGAAUCUAGUCGAGUAUGCCUGCAGCCCCUCCGUGGUACUGAAGGAUCAGACUAUAUCAAUGCCAGCUUUAUUGAUGGUUACAGGUACCGAUAUGCCUACAUUGCAACACAAGGUCCUCUUCAGGAAACUGUAGACGACUUCUGGCGAAUGUUGUGGGAGCAUAACUCUACUAUUGUUGUUAUGUUAACAAAGCUCAAAGAAAUGGGAAGGGAAAAAUGUUAUCAGUAUUGGCCAAACGAACGAUCUCAGCGCUAUCAGUUUUAUGUGGUGGAUCCAAUAGCUGAAUAUAAUAUGCCUCAGUAUAUUCUCAGGGAGUUUAAGGUGACUGAUGCACGAGAUGGCCAGUCUCGUACCAUAAGACAGUUCCAGUUCAUUGAAUGGCCUGAACAGGGUGUGCCAAAGUCUGGUGAAGGGUUUAUUGACUUUAUUGGACAAGUGCAUAAGACCAAGGAACAAUUUGGACAAGAUGGCCCCAUUACUGUACAUUGUAGCGCGGGUGUUGGUCGCACUGGAGUAUUUAUUACGCUGAGUCAAGUUCUUGAGCGCAUGCAGUACGAGGGAGUUGUUGACAUGUUCCAGACCGUCCGCAAUCUUCGUGCACAACGUCCUGCAAUGGUGCAGACAGAGGAAGAAUACAGGUUCUGCUAUCUGGCGAGUCUGGAGUACCUAGACAGUUUUGAUCACUUUGUGGACUGACUAACGAGGCCCGCCGGCUCUCGCCCGCUGUCUAUAUGGUCUUGAGAGCAUAGUCAGGCUAGCUCAGGUAUUGGUGUGAGUUCAAGAAUGGAAUCAUCCGCUUAGUGGGAAUGGACUGCAUCAGAAUGGAAGCUGCAGUUAUAUGCAGAAAAUGUUACCGAGAUAAUUAUUGUGUCAUGUGAUCAAUGUGCAUGUAUAUUACUGAUGCACAGUGUAGUUUAAGGUGUGCAAGGAAGAUUAGAGUGUUAAUAAAAUCCUUGAGUUAGUACUGCACAGACUCUACUAAAGAUCUUUGUGCAGCAAGUGCAAUAAUGAAUGUAUGAGUAGAAAUCAAAACUUUUUUUAGUUUCACCCUCCAACAAACUUUUAUGAAUGUGAGUGGAGACGAUGUGUUACUCGACAAAUAAUCUCUACAUUGAUACUGUAAGCAAAACCAUGCUGCCUUCCCAACUACUGUUAGACAUGAUACAUGUUUUGUUGUAUCUCAGCUAACAUGUCUUGGCUCACUUGGAUGGUUAUCUUUGUUAGAAAGGCAAACUCAUAGACAUGGUGAUUUAAGUAUGCCAUCCAUAUCCUAAGACUAUAAGCCAGGUUUUCCAUUCCAUGUGGGAAUAUAUAAUACAGUGUUUGAUGUCACAUCAGCUGAGAGUGUAGCACAAAAAUAAACAGAAAAUAUUAAAUAGUGAUCUCAAAAUUGUAUCUCAGUUUGGUGCUAAUGGGCAUGUUUUGAAAUAAAGAGCCCUCAUGUGUAUGUGCCAUAAGUUUGGGCAUAUACAUCAGUAUACAAAUAAAAUUUCAAUUCGUAAAUUUUUGUGGGAUUUUAUCGUUAUGAAAUCUUAAGGUGUGCUCUCAAACUAAUGCAGAAAUUGCAUAACUGGAAUAUCAUAAGUGCUUUCACAAACUAUAGGAUUAAGUUAACUAUGUCUACACACAAAGUAAAUAUAGAAAUAUAUCCUUGUAAAUAGGGAUAAUAUAUAAAUUUUCCUUUUAAUUUGGAAAAAAAUAUUGGUAAGACGAGGAAUUAAGCAGUCAUAUGCUUACACUGUAUCUGUCAUUCCAGUUAAAUGUAUUUUUUUAUUUGAGAUAAUGUAUUGCAUGAUGCAGAACUAGUGUUUGUAUUUCAUACACCAUGACCAUUUAGAAAUUUUUUUAUUGGUUAUCUAGCUUGGAAGGAAAAACAAGAACAUUAUAAUGAUAAGCCUUAUUACAUGGAUGUAAUAGGUAAAAUUUAUGGUCCAUAAACAUUGUAUUUAAGUUUAGCUAAAUGUCCAAAUUUCAUUUUAGAUCUAGGGAUUGCACAUGUUUGUUUUUUCCAAGGAAACUGAUAUUAGUUAGGAAUACAGUACUUAUUUUUUAUUUCACAGAUUCCUACUUGUUGGUCUAGAAAUGAUUAACAUACCUUAAUUCAUGUUUUAAUUGUACUUUUGAUACAAAAUGUGUGUGAGAGCUGGUGGGCCAAGUUUGCCUCAUAAAAGAUUGUUAGGUUAACUUCUACAGGGUUAAAUUUGCCAGCCAGUUAGUGGACCCCUCAUAUACUCCUACUGUAUGUCCAACAAUUAAUGGACUCUUCCUCACCUUUUAUAAAUAAAAUAUAAAUGAUGGAGCAACUGAUUGCUACACGUGGAUAGCAUGCGUGACAGGUUUUUAUAAGUGUAGUAUAAACAAUGCCAUUUCAGUGUGCAAGAAAAAAAAAGGUUGUGAGGAGUUUUUUUAAAUAUUGGAUGCUAAUGAAUUUUAGAGAUGAUUUGUAUGUAGAAUUAGUUGAAUUUAUAUCUAAUUGCCUUUUAUACUAUAUAAUUUAUAUUUCCAUCUGUAGAAGUAGGUUCACACUGCAGAAUUUGCAUUGUGUUGGAACAAGUUACUGCAAUAAAGUAUCUCAUUUUUGUGACUUACGUAUGCAUAUCAAGACAUAAAGGUUCCUUAAAUUGAAUGUUUUAAAUACUCAGAAAAGGUCAGCAUUCAGAAAUCCGUUCACAUGGGAAAUAAAACUUCUUUCUUUUUUGAGCACUGAUGGAUUUGAGGGACAUAUGAAGCUGCCAGUACAGCAUAAAACAGUUGCCUCAUUAACUCCAAAUACUUAUAGAAUACAGUAGAUAGAAAAUGUCAUGUCAUGCAAUGUUUCUAAGACAUAUCAAAUUUGCCUUGAGUUUUUUUUAUUUCAUUACAAGAUUUGUAUUGUUCUCAACAACUUAUAAUGGCUAUUGUUUAAGCAAGCCUGUACUCAUAGAAGGAAGUUGACGCCAGGAAAUCUCAUGAACAGGUUCAGAAUGCUCCUCAUGUCUACCAUGGUGUUGCUCUAGACAUUUCAGAUAGGUUAUAUGUAGAAUAAAUGGUACUAUGAUAAUAUUCGGUACUUGUACCAAAGUUGUAACCCUUUUUUUUAUUCAAUGCAUUUACAUAUUUUCAGUUGAAGCAUUUAUGUAAAUUUUCAACCUAACAGUAUAUGAAGAGGCUAUUAUGGCAUUUUUUACUGCUUAUUUUAUAUGACUAACCAAUGACCAAUUAUUUUAUAUUAUUAUUUUCGUAAUUUGCUUUUGGUUAGCAUAGCCUCGUACUAUAUAACAUCACAAACUGCCAUUAACUUGUGGGGAUAUACGGUAAUAGACUCGGCUUACCACUACGCUCUCUACCGGCAUAUGCUAUACUACUAAACCCGAACUUCCACACUGCUUUUCAUACACUCCUCCUUCGUUACACCACCAUAUAUAGCUAAUACUAAUUCAGUUUCAAAGUGAAAAUUUCAUGUCUUUCACCAAAUUACAAAAUUCAUGUACAGUACUAACAAUUAAAUUUUAAACAAUUACAAGGAUAUUCAGCAGUUACAAAAAUAUAUUUUAUUGCAAAAAAUACACCCAUUUUACCUUGGGAAGAGUAUGAAAAGCACACUGUCAAAAUCCUUUUUCUCAUGCCUACUACUUUGUUUUGUUUUACCUAGCUAGCAAUAUUUUGUAAUUCACACAUGUGAUGUAACAUAUUGUAAGAAUAAAAUGGAAACGGA